UUAAUGAAACUUCGCCCCACUUCAGACAACCGCAGUUUUUUAGGGAGAGGUUUAACAAUCGGCCUGUAGACAGUGUAAGCAGAGCCGAAUUACGAAUGUCAACAGACAUCUUGAGGAUUAACAUUCUUUGAAAAGGACUAACAAGGGAUAAAACAAACAGGGGAUUGGAGUGCUGAAAUGCUGCUUUGCUCCGUGUUCCUGAGGAUUGUUGAAAGCAAAGAAGAAGGACCUCUGUUACCCAAAAUUAAGGGCAUGUGCAGAAAGUGAAUAGGGCAUCACCAACAUAAGCACAUUUAUUUAUUUAUUUUUUUAUUUUUUUUAUUUUUUUUACAGUAGGCUAACUACAAAUAUUUUAAUCUACUACUGGGCCAUAUCGGUCUUUUGGGGUCUAUUAGUGUCCAAUACGUUUUUAGUAGGCAUCUAGCCAACUUUUCGAACUUUUCGAAGCACGGAUCCUUUAGACAUGGAGGUUGCGGCCGAUCAGUCUCGAUGGAUGGCCCAUCAUCAUGCGGUACUCAACGGCCAGCACCCCGAGUCCCAUCACCACGGUCUUACACACAAUUACAUGGAGCCGAUGGCGCCUCUUCUGCCCCCGGACGAGGUGGAUGUGUUCUUGAAUCACUUGGACUCGCAGGGCAACCCCUACUACCCCAACUCUCGGGCCAGAGUCUCUUACGGACAAGCGCACGCACGUCUCACGGGAAGUCAAGUCUGCCGACCACACCUCAUACACAGUCCCGGGAUUCCCUGGCUGGACAGCGGCAAGGCAGCGCUCUCCGCCGCUCACCACAACGCCUGGGCGGUCAGUCACUUCAGCAAGCCCGGCCUACACCACGCCAGCGCCGUUUACCCGUGCAGCAGCAGCUCCAGCACCGCUCCCGUCUCCUCCCUCACAUCCGUAACCCACUCCAGUCCGCAUCCCCUCUACAAUUUCCCCCCAACCCCUCCAAAAGACGUUUCACCGGACCCCGGUCCUUCUUCCCCGACCUCCACCACUACAAGAAUGGACGAAAAGGAGUCCAUUAAGUACCAAGUGUCAAUAACUGAUGGGAUGAAAAUUGAGGGAUGCAGUCCUCUUCGGGGAAGCCUCGCUAUGAGCGCACAGACACCGUCCACGCAUCAUCCCAUCCCAACCUACCCGACAUACUCUCUCCCCACGCCUCACGAGUACGGCGGCGGUCUGUUUCACCCGGGUACCCUGCUAAGUGGAUCCGCGUCCGGUUUCACACCUAAAUGUAAAAGCAAGACGCGAUCGUGCUCAGAGGGGCGUGAGUGUGUGAACUGUGGAGCCACCUCCACCCCGCUGUGGCGGCGGGACGGAACGGGCCACUACCUCUGCAACGCGUGCGGCUUGUAUCACAAGAUGAACGGCCAGAACCGACCCCUUAUCAAGCCCAAGCGCAGACUGUCUGCUGCAAGGCGAGCUGGCACCUGCUGCGCGAACUGCCAGACAACCACGACCACUCUGUGGCGGCGCAACGGGAACGGUGACCCGGUGUGCAACGCCUGCGGGCUCUACUACAAACUCCACAACGUCAACAGGCCACUGACCAUGAAAAAAGAGGGCAUCCAAACACGCAACCGUAAGAUGUCCAGCAAAUCCAAGAGGGGUAAGCGAUCCAGCGAGGGUUUCGAAGAGCUUUCCAAGUGCAUGCAGGACAAGACCUCUCCGUUUGGCAGUGCCAGUGCUCUGGCAAGCCACAUGCCACAUAUGGGCCACCUGCCACCUUUCAGCCAUUCCGGACACAUGCUGCCCACACCGACUCCCAUUCACCCAACGUUCAGUCACCCUCACCAUUCCACCCGCUCACCUGCCUGGGCCGAACCUCACUGAAGUCCUACGUUCUCACAGCAUCCCCUCUACAGAAGCCUAGCAUUAGCUUCUCCAUAUCAAACAUCUCCAUGCACCCCCUCUCCUCCCGUCAAGAAAUCUUUCACAGGCGAGGGAUGCGAAGGGGUUUGCAUUGGGUUAGUUCCUGAUUGGACACUGCUGAGAAAGGUGUCAUCACAUCAACGACCAUGUCAACUUGUAUAGAGGUCGGUUUGGCGCAUUUAAAAGCACCUCUUCUUCUAACUGCUCACUAGAUGCUGAGGAUGCUCACAGACGGAGGGAGAGAGAGAGAGAGAGAGAGAGAGCGAGAGCUUUGUUUACUUUUAGCUUCUCGUUACGUUUUACUGAGUCACUUUGGUACUGUUCUGAAAGAGAAGAUGUGUCUUUGCAGAAUCACUGUGUGGCAAUUCCAUUGAGGACAGUCACUUCUGAACAUUGGCUCGCUACGAGGACUUACUCUGACUCUCUGCAUACACGAAGAGUCAAAGAGAGAGAGACAGAACAGAGAGACCAUUAACUUUAUCACCCUAACAUGCUGGAAUACACCCCCUUGGGCAUGACUCCCUCUGAAUGGACUCUAUGGAUACGACAUAAAAACAAACAAAUGUUUAUAAAGGUUAAUUGUUAUUAUCAUUAUUGUUAUAAUUGUUAUUAUGAUAAUUUAUUUUCACUCUUUAUCUCUUUUUUCGCUUUCCUCAGAACACAUUGUUAUAUCAUAAAUAUUAUUUGAUUGUUAUUGAUGAAUAAAAAACACUGACCUAUCCUAGCCAAGGCAAUGUUGCUGAGCUGUACGUUUUUAUCAUUUCCAUUACACAUUAAAGGAAAUAAAGUUUUAAUACUUGAUA